CCCUGUGCCAGACUGACAGCCACCCGCCACUGCCGCCCCGAGAGCGCCUGCCUGACAGCCAAGGAAAGGAAGGGAAGCCCACACAAGGAGGAGACCAUGUCCGAGACGGCCCCCGAAGCCCCCGCGGCCGCUGCCCCCGCAGCCAAGGCGCCGGCCAAGAAAGCCAAGAAGCCCGCCGCCGCCAAGCCGCGCAAAGCGGCCGGGCCCAGCGUCACCGAGCUGCUCACCAAGGCGGUGGCCGCCUCCAAGGAGCGCAACGGCGUGUCCCUGGCGGCGCUCAAGAAGGCCCUGGCGGCGGCCGGCUACGACGUCGAGAAGAACAACAGCCGCAUCAAGCUGGGCCUCAAGAGCCUGGUGGGCAAAGGCACCCUGGUCCAGACCAAGGGCACGGGCGCCUCGGGGUCCUUCAAGCUCAACAAGAAGCAGCAGCACGAAAGCAAAGACAAGGUGCUCAAGAAGAAGCCCGCCAUCAAGACCAAGAAGCCUGCGGCUAAGAAGCCUGCCGGCGCCGCCAAGAAGCCCAAGAAACCCGCACCCAAGAAGAGCCCCAAGAAGGCCGUCAAGAAAUCCGCCGCGGGAGCCAAGAAGGCAGCCAAGAGCCCCAAGAAGGCCAAGCCCGCCAAGCCCAAAAGGGCCGUUAAAAGCCCCGCCAAAACCAAGACGAAAGCGGCUAAACCCAAGACUCCCAAGGCGAAGGUAGCCAAGCCUAAGAAGGCGGCAGCCAAGAAGAAGUGA